AUGGGCAUUUUCUGGGACAUGUCGCUCGCUGAGUGGCUGCUCGCCUGCUCGCGGCGCGCGCGCGAGCUCGCGCGCGACCCCGCGGCGACGGCGCCGCGGCAGCGCCACCGCGCGCGGCUUUUCACGCGCCAAGGCGACGUGGAUCAGCGCGCGGCCGAGGCUAGGGCUGAGGGCCUCCUGUGCGGCGGCGACGCGGCGGGGGCAGUCGCCGCGGUCAGCGACGCGCGCGGCGCCUUGCUGGUGCUCAUCCUCUACGCCGCCCAGGCCGGCCGCGCUGACCUGGCGCUCGACCUUUCCAAGCGCGCCGGCGCCCCGUUCAUCUCUAUGCUCUCCCCCGCGGCCGCGCUGCGCGGCGGCCACCCCGAACUCGCCAUGCGCCUCGCCCGCGCCCCCGGCGCGGCCGUCGUGGUGCCAGGCGGCCGCGGGCUCUUUGUGCUCUUCGCGGCCGCGCGCUGCGGCGGGGUGCCGCCCGGCGUGCUGGCCGCCGCCGCGGCGCUCGCGCCGGAGAUGGACGCUCCGGAGGCGUUCCCUCUGCUGGCGCGCGCGUGCCUGUCUCGCAGCCCCGCGCGUUUCGGCGGCGGCAGUGAAUACGCGGGCGAGGGCGGCGGCGGCUGCAGCGGCGCGCUGGACGCCCUCGUGGGCCUCAUCACCGCGCGGCAGCGCGGCGGGCUGACGGACGAGCAGUGCCAAGAGCUGAUGGAAGCGGCCGUCGACUCCGCCGUCGCCGGCGCGCACGGCGCCCUGGCCGAGCCGGGCGCGGCGCAGCUGCUCGCGUCGGCCGCCGCGCGCACGGGCAUGGAGCUGGCACUCACGACCAUGGCCGCCCACGCGGCGCUCGCCGAGGGGUGGGGAGCGCCGCUCGCGGUGGCGCUGUGCGCUCUGCGCUGCGAGCUGCCAGGCAGCGCGGUGCCACUCCUGCUGGUGCACGCCGCGCGGCUUUGCGCCGAGGUGCGCAGCGAAACGGUCAGCCCGCUGCUGCCCGCCGAGAUGCUGAGGUUUGUGAUGGGCGAGGCGCGGCACGCGGGCUGCGGAGCGGGCGUGGAGGCGCUGCUGCUGGGCCGCGGGCGUGGGGCCUGGGGGGCCAGCGGCUGCUGCGGCGGCGGCAGCGGCGGGACCGGAAGCGGGAGCGACGGGGAGGGCGGCGCCGGGCGUGGUGGGGCGGGCGGGGACGCAGAAGAGGGCGGCGACGGCGGCGGCGGCGGCGGCGGUGGCGGCGCUGGAGGGGACGGCGGCGCUGCGGGCGGGCGCCAGGGCGGCGUCGCGGCCGGCGGCGGUGAGAACGACGGCGGCGGCGGCGGCGGCUGCGCGGGCGGUGGCGACCCCCAACUGGGCGUGCUGUCGGCGAUCGAGAGCGGCACGGGCGGUCCCGAGAUCGCGGCGGCGAUGCGGCGACAGUGGCUGCAGCGGCAAAGGGAGCUGGUCGCGAUAAUGGCGGAAAUGAGUCCCGGGAUGCCCAGGGCAGCGCUGGCGGUGGCGGCGGACGCGGGGGCGCCGGUUGGCGCGGCGGGCCUGUCGUUUGCGGAGCACGCCUUUUACCAGAAGCAUGAACUCAUCAACGCAGAGCUGGUGGGCGCCAUCGCCGCCGCGGCCCGCAGUGGCUCGGCCUCCGCGCUAGAAGCCGUGCUCGACAGCGACAUGGCGGCUGCCGCGCGCGGCCUGCGGCGCAGCUACGGCGGCGGGACCCCGCUGCUGGGCCCGGACCACGCGGCGCUCGUGGCCGCGGUCGUGCGCGGCGAUGCGGCGCUCGUGAGGCUCCUCGCGCGGCGGCGAGCCGCGGCGUGCGGCGGCGGCCCGCGGCCCAGGACGCUGGCGGCGAUGCGCGGGUGGACGCUGGGCUUCAUGCCGCUUGCUGGCCGCCUGCUCGGGGGCGCCCAGCACGACAACGGCUUGAGCAUCCUGCUCGCUGCGCUGCGCCGCGCCUGCUGGGGCGGCGGCGCGAGAGGCGCGGGUGGCGGCGGGGGCGGCGGCGGGGAUGGGGCUGGUGGCAGCAGCAGCUUCCAUGGCAACGUGCUUGUCCCGCGGGCGCUGGCGCCGCCAGAGUUUGCGGACGUCGUGUUCGCGCUGGGCCGCGGCUGGCCUGAGGGCGGCCUGCUGCUGGAUAUGGUCGUCUCCGCCGCGCUGCCGACCUUGCAGCUGGCGGGCGACCCCGAGGCGCUCGCGCCGCUGCUGUGCCGCGUCGGCCGCGCGGGGCGGCUGCCGGCGUUCGCGUGCCGCGUGCGCUCGUCCACGGUGGGGAGGUUCCAGCAGUGCGGGGUCUCCUGGCCGGUGAGCGCCGACCUGGUGGCGGCGCUGGCUGCGUGGGUUGGGCGGGCGCGGGUAGUGCGGGAUGAGGGCUCAGAGGAGGACGAGGAAAGCGACGAUAGCACAGGGGAUGAGGACGAUGAGCCGCAGGGGGAGGGGGAGAGGGAGGGAGAGGGGGAUUAUGAUUAUGAUGCGGAGGAGGAGGAGGAGGAGGAGGAGUCUGAUUAUGACGAUGAUGAGGAGGAGGGGGAGGAAGGAGGAUAG